AUGACAGACGAAUCUGCAGUUGAAGUCGUCCAGGAUGUUUUCAGGACCUGCCUCCAGAAAUUCAGGAUAGAUUGUGUAAAACCAAGGACUCUGGAAUGGGUCAAAAGGGUAUCGGAAAAAAAUUCGAUAAGAAUCACAGAAGAUUUGGCUUUAGUGAAAACAUACAGUCCUGAAGUUCAGGAGAUUCGGGGUUUGCAGAAGGAUAUUCUUGAGAGUUUCGAAGACUUUUUGCAAACCCAUGAUUUAGUUGCUAAAGUUCCUUCAUUACUGAGGCCUGAUGGGCCUUUUGGAACGAUGACAAUGCUCAAAAUAUGUCUUGGAAUUUGUUUGGUAGCAUUGGUCUGCGGAUUACCAGUAGAGGAGUCUUCUUAUGCAGAAGAAAAAAGUACAGACUUCGAAGAUGACCCUCUGGGAUAUCUGCAAGAGAAGCUGAUGUCAUUCUUUGAUGGUUUCCUUGAAAAAGACCAUGUCCAAGUGAGUGAUGAUGUUGAAGUUAGCAGAAACAGUGUGAAAUUAGAUCAGGUCAGUAGUAGAGGAGCUGACUAUGAAGAAAAGCUUCAAACGUACCUCAAAACACACAAAGUUUCUAUCAAAAUGCCAUUCGUUGGAACCAUUACUAUCGGUGCAAGGAAUCUAGACAGUGAUGAACUUGAUUUCAACCUCAACUUUGGUGGUACGGAAGUAGUCGAAGGUCGCAAAUCCAAACUGAAGAAGAUCCUGAUACCAAUCCUGGUGUUCAUUCUUCUGAAGGCCAUCACUGUUGUACCUCUAGCACUGGGUGUUCUGAUUCUCAAGGCCUGGAAUGCCCUGCAGUUGUCAUUCUUUUCGUUUGUUAUUUCGACUGGUCUGGCUAUUUUUCAGUUGUGCAAGAAGAUAGCUGAAAAUAAUGCGCAUGCUCAGAUCAGUGCCCAUGGACCUUGGGAAUCACCUGUAGCAAGAAGCAUGGAAGGACAAGAAGGUAUUAAAGCCAACAGUACCAAAUUCUUUCGAUCAUUCAGUCUCUUCUCUUCGACCGGAAUACUCAAAAUGGCAGCCAAGUUCGUUUUGGGUCUGAGUUUGAUCGCAGCUGCAAGUGCUCUUCCUUCAAACAAACCAGCUUUUUGGAAAGGUACCCCACUGGACAGUCAUGUGGAGAAGAUGAAGUCUUCCUGUGUCCAGGAAGAUACCAUAGCCUGCUGGCAGUACAAAGCUUUCACGUUCUUGGACACUAUAUUACAGAAGGACUAUUUCCAAUUCGGUGGUAUGGAAGUGAAACGAAACAGCUACCCUUCGAACGAAAUAACCUCAAGGUCAGAGAACAACCUUGAGGAUGGUGUAGAAGGAUUCAUCAAGACUCACAACGUGAAGUUGAAUCUUCCGCUGAUUGCCCGCAAAAAGUCCAAGCUGAAGAAGAUCUUCAUCCCCAUCCUGGUGUUCCUGCUCCUCAAGGCCAUCACUCUGGUGCCCUUGGCCAUCGGUAUCCUCGGCUUGAAGGCCUGGAACGGCCUCCAACUGUCUUUCAUUUCGUUCAUCAUUUCCACUGGUUUGGCCAUCUUCCAGCUGUGCCAGAAGUUAGCUGCAGACGGAGCACAUGCACAUCCUCACAUUUCCGCUGCUGCACCAUGGGAAAGUCCUGUAGGUGCGCAUUAUGCUAGGAGUUUGGGAGAUGCUCAUAAGAUGGCGUAUAAUGCUUAUGAAUGA